CACUUUACACACUGAAAACGAAUGCUCGACGAGCCCCGGGUAGCCACAUAUUUAUACUUUUGCGUCUGCCUGCGCGUUCAUUUAGGGGUGGGUGCCUUAGACCUGAAAACAUUGCUCGAAAAAAAGUAUAAAGCUGAACGCGCUUGGGCACCAUUAUGAUCAGUGAGUUGUGUUUGUGAAAUCAUAAGUGAAGUGAAUAAUGCCGCCGAAAACUAGUGGAAAGGCAGCCAAGAAGGCUGGCAAAGCCCAGAAGAACAUCACCAAGACCGAUAAGAAGAAGAAGCGCAAGAGGAAGGAGAGCUACGCCAUCUACAUUUACAAGGUCCUGAAGCAGGUCCACCCUGACACCGGCAUUUCGUCGAAGGCAAUGAGCAUCAUGAACAGCUUUGUGAAUGAUAUCUUCGAGCGCAUUGCUGCCGAGGCGUCUCGUCUGGCUCACUACAACAAGCGCUCGACCAUAACCAGUCGGGAGAUCCAAACGGCUGUUCGCCUGCUCCUGCCCGGAGUAGUUGGCCAAGCACGCCGUCAGUGA